AUGUCGAAUCAAGAGCUAGAACAAUGGACACGCAAUGUGCAAGCCGCAUUUCCCGACGAUCUAGCCCGAAGAAUCAUCCUUGCUCCCACACUCCACCCCGUCACUCUCCCGCAACUAUUCGAGGAUAUUGCACAGCACGUCUUGUCACUACACACACCCUCCACCGCUCAAGAUACCCAGCCCUUGUCGAAGAAGCGCAAGCUCGAGGACAAUCACGCGUUCACAACUACGGAGAGUGCACUCCCCAAGAGGGAAACCAAGCCCUUGUCGACCCUUUUCGAAUGCAGUGAUGUCAGCGUCCAGGCGCCGUUGCGAAAGAAGUUGAAGGUGGCGUUGCUUUACGACUCUGCAGCAAAAGAGGAGGGCCAGAUACAUCUCAGCAAUGCAAGCACUGGCGAAGUGGAGUGGGGGAUGGAAGCGAAGGAUGUGGAACAAGCAUUCCGCCUGCCUGUGCCAGAGAAGCAGGCUCGACAGGCCAACUUUCUGCUUUUCCCCAAGCCCGGCGCUGUGGAUAUGCAAGGACAUCCAGCCGAGCCCGUGCUAUUCGUCACAAAUGAGACCACCCCGGGGGCAGGCACAAUAUCUGGUGAAGCUGUGAAAGAGGACGAUACUUAUGUGUCCGUCACACACCGCGCUCUCGACAAAUGGCUCUCACCGCACGGCAAGCAUGUCAUCACUCCGAAUGCUGCCGAGUUUGCGAGCAGCAUACCACAGUCUCACCGCAAAGGUGAAAAGGCAUAUCACGUCAAGGCACAUCGAGGGUCGAAAGAAGGCUACCUCUUCUUCCUCGAAAACGGCGUGGUAUUCGGCUUCAAGAAGCCCCUGGCCUUCUUCCCCUUCUCCAACAUCGAUUCCAUCAGCUAUACCUCCGUCCUGCAACGCACCUUCAACCUCGUCAUCGCCGCGGCCGACAGCGCGAGCGCGGAAGUGAAAGAAGUGGAGUUCAGCAUGCUGGAUCAAGAAGACUUUGCAGGCAUCGAUGCAUAUGUCAAACGACACGGGCUGAAUGACGCGUCAAUGGCUGCGCAGCGACGGGCAAAGGCGUACAAUGUCAACAAAGAGAAGAGGGCGGAGGCGAAUGGCGAUGUGGAGAAUGGGGCGGUGGAGGGGGACGAAGUGGAUGUGCAGACGGAGUUGCAGAAGGCGGAGCAGCAAUUGCAGGAUGAGGAGGAUGAGGAGGAGGAGGAUUAUGAGGUGUCAGGUGGCGAAAGUGAGGGAGAAGGGGGCAGUAGUGAGGAGGAGGAGGAGUAUGCUGACGAAGAGGUGGAGGAAGAGUAUGAUGAAGAGGAGGCGGAGGAAUGA